UUAUAGUGAAUACAUAAUGCUUGCAUGUAAACAAGCCUCUCGUAAGGCAGAUGUUACAACAUCAGUAGCACCAGCAGAAGGCAACCCCGCCCCCUCAGACUAAUCAAAGUUUUUACGCUUACAUAGCAACAGUGGUGGGGGGGGGUGUUGGUCUGCUGUCAAGCAUUAAAUCAAAUCAAAUUGUAUUAGUCACUUGCGCCAAAUACAACAGGUGUAGUUGUAGACCUUACAGUGAAAUGCUUACUUACGAGCCCCUAAGCAUGUGGUCUUUGAUUGGCUAUCAAUUUGAAAUGGAGAGAACAUCUAACCAUAGGCCUGAUUUAUAGAGCAGUUAGAUUGUGAGAUCAAACAAUGUUUGCAAAUUGGGCACGUUGAAUGGGGACGACCCAUUUUUCUGUUUCUGCUCGUCUAAAUCACAGCGGUGUAGGCUGUGUCCAUUAAAAGGCAUGAAGAGGUAGGCAAUAAAUAGGCCAUAGGAGCGAAUAAUUACAAUUUAGCAGAUUAACACUGGAGUGAUGAAUGAGCAGAUGAUGAUGUGCAAGUAGAGAUACUGGUGUGCAAAAGAGCAGAAAAGUAAAUAAAAAAAACAGUAUGGGGAUGAGGUAGAUAGUCUAAAUAGCCCACCCAUUCUAUGUACAGCUGCAGCGAUCGGUUAGAAUGUAGUACCAUAAACCCCUGUACCUCUAUCCAGAGUGAAGGAGUGUUUUUCAUUGGUCAACAACCACCUUAUUGUUCUUACCAUAAAGCUACAUGCUGGGAAUUAGCAUACAAAUGUAUGAUAAUAGCCAGCAUUUCGCUUAAUUGGAUGGAGUAGUUAAGUUUUUUUUCUUCUCAGAGGUAGUCCACUCUGUGAGAACCAGCACCCAUUCUGAGAAACUGUGUGGGAGUUGUUGUUACCAAAGAGGCCAAUGACAUUUCAAUGACCACUGCAGUUUUUCAAAGAACAGUCCUCUUGGUUAUGAGGCAUGGCUGCUACAACUCUCAGAUAAUAUAUUCUCCUCCCCUUCUCUUACAUGAGCACCAUGCCCUCCAGAGGCCCCCUCCCAGUGAAUUGGCUGGUUUUGAUUGGUCGAUCUGGCAGUCAAUCAGGCAGGAGGAAGGUCAUAGCGAAGAGAGAACUGAAUGCCACAGCCACAGCCCUGGCCAACAGACAAGAUGAGAGCGAGCAGUCCAGGAAAAAGCUCAUCGACCAGAGCCGCGAGUUCAAGAAAAACACACCAGAGGAUCUGCGAAAGCAGGUAGCUCCAUUGCUAAAGGGCUUCCAAGCAGAGAUCGACGCAGUGAGUAAAAGAAGUAAGGAGUCAGAGGCUGCCUUCCUAAACGUGUACAAGAGAUUCAUCGAUGUCCCAGACCCUGUGUCGGCCCUGGAGGCUGCCCAGCAGUUACAGCUGAAGGUCCAGAGGAUGCACGACAUCGAAACGGAGAACCAGAAGCUCCGCGAGACGCUGGAGGGCUACACCCAGGAGAUCGCUGAGGUCAAGAACCACGAGGUCACAAUUAAAGCACUUAAGGAGAAGAUAGAGGAGUAUGAAGAGACCCUGAAGAAACAGGCCAAGGAGCUGGGCCAGAAGGAGAGGAGAGAGAGAUGGGAGGAGGAAGGGCAGCUUCACAACAACCAUGCAGAGGAGGAGAGUCAACAACAGGAGAACCAGGAGUCUGUGGUGUCAAAGCUGGAGGAGGCAAACCGUAAGGCCCAGUCCCUACAGACAGCACUUGAAGCAACUCAGGCAGAGCUUUUGGAACUGAAGAGCAAGUAUGACGAAGAGUCGACAGCAAAGGGCGAUGAGAUUGAAGUGGUGAUGUCAGACCUGAAGAGAGUCAAUCAGAGAGCUGAGGUAGCGGAGAGAGAAGCAGAGGCUCUUCGGGAACAGCUGUCGUCCGCCAACAAGUCCCUCCAGCUUGCCACACAGAUCCAAAAGGCCCCUGACAUGGAGCAGGCCCUGGAGGUUCUGUCGCGCUCCAGUCUGGAGGUGGAGCUGAGCGCCAAGGAGCGGGAGGUGCUGCAGCUGGCCGAGGACGUACAGAGACUGCAGGCUAGUUUGGCCAACAUCCGGGAGAAUUCUGCCUCGCAGAUAAGCCAGCUGGAGCAGCAGCUCAGCACCAAGGAGAGCUUACUCAAGCAACUGGAGGAGAAACUGCGUGAGCAGGCAGACUACGAAGCCAUCAAGAAAGAGCUCAGUAUCCUAAAGUCAAUGGAGUUUGGCUCUUCAAACUUCUCCUCAGCACAGGACUCUAAGAAGCCUCUGGAGUUGUUGUUGAAGAGUCGAGGCCUGCAGUCUGAGAGCUCCUCCCUGCGCCUAAACAGCAGUGAACAGAGUGGUGUGAGGGAGCGAAAGGUCAAAGACUCAUCAGAGGGUCAACAGCGUCUUCCUGCCACGCCCAUGGGCACCAACUUGCAGGGCUCCCCUCCCCCUCCCUCCUCUCAACUCCUCUUGCGCACUGGCUCAGGUGGUUCCUCCGACACCACCCCUGUCACCACCGCCAAUGGCACGCACCACUUCUCGCCCACGGGCGGCGGGCUGGGUGGGCAGGACUUCUUCAGCCCCUCCUCGCUGGUGUCGUCAGGCACCGCUUUCCCCCUUGCGGGCAAAGUGUCGCUCAAUUCCCUGCUGCAGCGCCAGCUCAUGCAGACCUUCUACUCCAAAGCCCUGCAGGACUCAGUGUCUGGCCAGGCCCUGCUCUUCUCCCCCGCCCACUACCCAACCCCUAACUCACUCUCAGCCAGCCCUCUGCCACCCCAUCAGUCUUUGCAGUCGCAAUCCCAGCACCUGUCGACGGGCAGCCCAGACGUUAAUGGCCUAGCCCCCUCGCCCAGCCAGUCAGAGGGUGCAGGGAGUGUCUCGGAAGGUGAAGACAUGGACACGUCUGAGAUAGCGCGUCAGGUCAAGGAGCAGCUGAUCAAGCACAACAUUGGGCAGAGGAUCUUCGGCCACUACGUGCUGGGGUUGUCCCAGGGCUCGGUCAGUGAGAUACUGGCUAGGCCCAAGCCCUGGAGCAAGCUGACCAUCAGGGGCAAGGAGCCUUUCCACAAGAUGAGGCAGUUCCUAUCUGACGAGCAGAACAUCUUGGCACUGCGCAGCAUCCAGGGGAGGCAGAGAGAGAACCCAGGCCAGAACCUGAACAGAGUGUUUCAGGAGGUUCCGAAGCGAAGAACCGGCUCCGAAGGCUCCUCGAGGGCAGGUAACAUCACCACGCGGAUCCGCACUCCGGAGAGUGGGUCAGACGAGGCCAUCAAGUCCAUCCUGGAGCAGGCCAAGAGAGAGCUGCAGGUCCAGAAGGCUGAUGGGGUGGACAACAGACAGCGACGACAGACAGGUUACCCCCGAGGCAUGGGCAACUAUUUCGCAAAAUAUGCACAAAGUCUCAGACUCGUCUCUCUCCCUGCAGUGGACUUGUCUCAGACCCCUCCCUCGUCCAGCAUUGGUGGUGGUGGUGGUAGUAUCGGCUCAGGUGGAUCCUCCAGCUCAGACGAGACCAUCCGCUCCAUCCUAGAGCAGGCAAGGAGGGAGAUGGAGGCCCAGCAGGCCGCCCUGGAGCCCAUCCUCAAGCCGUCCUCCAUGGGCCCCUCUGACCUGGCCCUGCUUUCUCCCAAACUCCUGGGCGCUUCCACUCUCCCGGCCUCCUACUCACCCCUGGCCCUCUCCCUCAAGAAGCCCUCCAUCCCCCCAUCCUCCUCGCCCUCCUCCCUCCUGGACUUCCACUCUGCCAUGGUGAAGGAGGCAGGAGAGGUGGUGGUGGGAGAAGGCGGGGUAGGAGGAGCGUCUCUAAUGGACGGAGGGACCAAGCAGGGGCGGGGCUCCUGGAGGGACCAAUGGUGGAAUAGUAUGCACCCCGGGGGGCGGGGAGUCACGUCUAGCAUGAACGACGACGCGCGGAGUCAGGAGGACAGUAAGGAGGUGCUGGGCCUGUCUCAGGGUAGUGUUAGCGACAUGCUGUCCAGGCCCAAGCCCUGGAGUAAGCUGACCCAGAAGGGCCGGGAGCCCUUUAUCCGUAUGCAGCUGUGGCUCAAUGGAGAGCUGGGCCAGAACGUCCUGCCCUUACAGGGCCAGCCACAAGAGAACACCCCAAAGACCUCAGCCAGCUGCAGCCCAGCACCGGAGUCACCCCUCAGCUCAGCCGAGGAGUCAGUGAAGAGCUUGGGGGAGCAGGUGGGAGGAGAGGGAUGUGGGGGUGGAGGAGGGUUGUCCCAGUUUCCCCUCAGGGAGCCCAGCGAGCCCUCUGAGUCCCAGCCCGGCACACCGCUGCCCGUCCCCGGUCACUCAGGUCUCAGCAUCCAGGAGAUGGUGGCCAUGUCCCCGGAGCUGGACACCUACGUCAUCACCAAGAAGGUCAAGGAAGUGCUGACUGAUAACAACCUCGGUCAGCGUCUGUUUGGGGAGACCAUCUUGGGUCUGACCCAGGGCUCAGUGUCUGACCUGCUGGCGAGGCCCAAGCCCUGGCACAAGCUCAGUCUGAAGGGACGUGAGCCCUUCGUCCGCAUGCAGCUCUGGCUUCAGGAUCCACGCAAUGUGGAGAAACUCAUGGACAUGAAACGCAUGGAGAAGAAAGCCUACAUGAAGCGGCGCCACAGCUCGGUGAGCGAGAGCCAGACUGCGGACAGUGGGGGCUUGUCAGGGGGAGACUUCAGCCAGGGGGGCAGCCCCCAACACGGCCUCGGCCACCACCUGCACCAGCAACAGCCCCCCCAGCAGCACCUGAAGAAGGCUCGUGUGGUGCUGGCCCCCGAGGAGAAGGAGGCCCUGAAGAGGGCCUAUCAGCAGAAGCCCUACCCCUCGCCCAAGACCAUCGAGGAGCUGGCGUCACAGCUCAACCUCAAGACCAGCACCGUCAUCAACUGGUUCCACAACUAUAGGUCUCGUAUCCGACGGGAGCUGUUCAUUGAGGAAAUCCAGCGAGGUGAGGGCGGUGAGGGUGUCUCCCCGUCCACCAGAGCGGGCAAGGCCAGCGAGGGCGAAAGCUGCGACGGCACCGAGUCGGAUGGCACGGUGGAGGGCACUCGCCCCGGCCACGAGCACCACCCAGCCUCAGAGGGUGAGUGGGGGUCCGACCACAGGGACGAGGGAACCUCCUUGGCCACCGGCAGCACCGCUGCAGGUACCAGCAGCCACCACAAGGGCGGUGCCUUGGACAGCCUGUUCAGCUUCCCCGAGAUCAGCCAUGUUUCCUCUGUGUCCGUGGCUGCUACCGCCGCUGCCCGCAACCCCCGCGACAACAGCCUGCGCAAGAAGAAAGCCGCCAACCUCAAUAAUAUCAUCCACCGUCUGGAGAAGGCCGCAAGUAAAGACGAGCCCCAUGAGUGGGAGUUCUAAUAUGGUCCCCCCUGCUCACGCUACCAGGGAAAGUUCCUAUUUUUCUAGAGCCCUAACUGCACAGUCCCAAGGCAAAGCCUGGAGCAGUACUGCCAGAGAAGAACUGGUGUCUUUUACGAGUUUUCAUAUCAAAGAGGGUUUAGAGAUUUUUUUGAGAAGCGAAACGACAGCAACAACCUGAUUUUCUUUGUAGAUAAAGCACUUAACAGCCCAGCUGGCCAAAGGGCCCCAACUCCACCGGCCAAAGGUGCGAAAGAGACAAAAAACUUGCGCUACUCACAAAGGAGCUUCACUCCACAGGAAGAAACUGUCACGAGAAGCAAUUCUGUGUUUUAUUUGUGCGCGUGCGUGUGUGUGUGUGUGUUUCCCUUUGAGAGAUUUAUUCGCCACCUCAAAGUUUUUCUAACCUUUUUCGCUCAGUGAAUUCUCACAUCUAACAGACUAAAUGUUACAAUCUUUUCUCUGUUUUCUAAGAGGUUCCUCCUAGUAACUCCAAUGCAGCUGUUUGGUAUCUGUAAGGAUCGUCAAACGGAAAGCCAAGCAUUUAAAACAUUUCUGUCUGCAGGAGAGAAGGACCAUGAAGUGAUCCUUUCCCAAGCAACCUUCUUCUCUGUGCCCCAAAAGUUGCCAUGUAAUGGCUUUGGAACUCUUAAUAUGCUAUGGACUCCAUUGAGAAAGAAAUCAACAUUUUUAUAUAAUUAUUUUUCUCCUCUGAGAAAGAAAAAAAGUAUUUAGCAAUUUGGUUGCCACUAAGAGAUUGCACAGUCGGUCGACUCUAAACAAUGCUAGUUUCGAUUCCUAAAUACUUGGGAAGGAUAAAAUGAUAAGUGAACAUACGAUUUAUCAGUUGUUGAAAGGAAUGAUGAAAAAAGAUUCACUUUAAUUCACAUUUUUUCAACGUACAACAUAAAAUGCAAAAGUUAUGUAAGGAAAAAUCUGAAAACAUUUUGUGGUAGCUGACUUUUAGUGUUCUUUCUCUUGAGUGAUCUAGAAACUUUUUGAUAAGUAGUGCACAUUUCUUUCAUAGCUUUAACUGACUUUCGGGGUUGCCAUUUUGGUGGCACUGGGAGCGUUUGUUUAAUACACUCAAUUUUAGGCCAAAAUCAGGUUUGAAAAUUAAGAAAACAAACAAACAAAAAAUAAUGAAAUGUAUACAAGUUAAUGGAGAGAAAAAUAUUUCCGUCUAGAUAUUUUUGAAAACAAAAAGUUACGAACCUGCUUUUUAACCACAAAAACCACACUAUUGAGACCUCAGAACCGGGGCGGGCAGUGGAGCCGAUGGCCGCUGUACUUCACAGGCUGGCCCUAGGACGGGGAGGCUUGCGUUUCAUUGGGUGAAAAAGCCAGGAGAUGCACAGCUCACUUUACUGUAUAUUCCAAGGUUCAGGCUCUUUUGCUCUCAACUCUUUACCUAUGGUUGUAUGUAUAUAUGUACAUUGUCAAAACAAAAGACAGAAAAAGAAAGACAAGAAACCCCUGUUCCUGUUGCAUGCGGUGCGCUGAGUCGGUGGAAUAGAUUGACUCUCCUCUGCUUGUGUAUUCCCAUACCGACGAGCUUCAGGACUGAUCUAGUCAUGGUCGACCUGUCAUACGUCCCUCCUUUAAACCCCUCUGAGAAAUAUGCUCCACAGGCUGUCAUGUUGGUUUGCUCAGAGGUCAAGAGGCCAAAUGUACCCGUACUUAGUAGAGAUAUUUCAAGGUACAUUUUUACUUAUUUAAUAACCAAUACCAAAAGUUCUAUCCAAAGUACUGUUGAUGUGACAUCCCCCAUCCAAUUUGGUCGUCUCUGUUUCAAAGUCGAGCUUGAUUCUUCCACCAGUCUUAAUGCGCUCUCUUCCUUAUAUGAACAGUUUUAUGAUCAAUUCAGGACUGUUAUGUAGCAUCUCCAUUCUCCACUGGUCUCAACAAGUCCUCUUAUCUUCAGCUGAAACUCUUGGCUUGCCUCGUGAAUAUAUCUCAGAGGUUAAGAUCACUUGACACGGGUCAAUGGAAGAAACAAAGACAUUCAUUUUAUACUCAACCCUCAACCCAUCCUCCCUCUCCCAGACAUGGUAGAACAGUAGAAACCCCUUCGCACACACUGAUCACAACCUUCUCCCGCCUCCCGUUCCUCCUAUGCCACAAGCUCACAGUGCCUGCCCGCCCACUGCCUCUCCCUCUGUGUUUGAGUGUGUGAGAGCACACGUACGUGUACGCAAGUAGACGUGUGCUUGUGUGAUGUUGUAUGCACGUACUGUAGGAAAGGGGUGUAAGGGUGUUAGAGAGGACUAGCUGCCCUGCUCUGCCAUACACACCCCUAAGUGUGUAUGGCUCUGUGCGUGUUUUAUACGUCUUUAAUUUGUACAUGCCUGCACACAGAGUGCACAACUGCCACCCUUUCUUUCUUCUAAGCUGUUUUCCAAGUUAUCGCUUACUGCAUAGCAGACUCACAAAUACAGUAGGUCUCCUUUAUUGCCAUAUAUUAACGACUCACAGUAGAUCACUUCAACAAAGUUUUUUUUGUCAAUUUUUUUUGUUCUACUUAUUUAUAGGGGCUGUACUUUACAUUUUAAUGUCUUAUUUGAUUUUUGUUUUACAUUAUUAUUAUUAUUAUUAUUAUUAUUGUUAUUAUCGUGUGGGACUAUAAGGGGUCAUGUAAAGAAAAAAAUACAAAAAAAUAAUAAUAAUUAGACUGAUAGACUGCCGGCAGUAUUGGGUUAUACGUACGAUAUGUAGUUGUCAUACAUGUAUAUUAGUGAAAUUUGAAUAUGUUUUGACAGUGUCAUUUAUAUGGUUUGAACUCAAUUGAGAGAUGAUGUCAUCGAUAGCAUUAUGGUGCAUUCACCUUUUGUGAAGUGUCUGUGCAGUUUUCUUUUCUUAUUUGUAACUUGUAUGUUUUUCCAUGAAGAUAGAUCACCUCAGCAAGCAUAAUUGAAAUCAGGUUGACUCAUUCUAUUUUGUACAUUUUCCGUGAAUCACUGAACCCAGCACAGGACAGAAGUUGUGGUGGGGUUCGAGAACCAAUAGCAUCUGAAUGUCUAGAACUGCAGUCCUUUGGCAUUACCUCUGAAUCUGGCAUUUUAUUUCUGAAAUGUUCCAGCUUUAUUUGAGAUUAAUAAACUGAGGUACUGAUAGGAUCGCUAUAUAUGGGCUUAGAUCUAGCAAGAGAGUGUGACUGGCAUUUCCUGUUUAUUGGACCGGGAGGUUUCCUGUCUCUACAACCUAACCAACAUGUGGCCCUGCACAAGGCUAGGGAUCAGAAAACUGGAGUGAACUAUAAACUGUGAUGCACUUGCUGACAUCUAAAACGUUUGUGAAGCUCUUAGUACUACGUACACAGACUAUUCAGAAGAUGUUUAUUUCCGCAGUUAUUAUUUGCUAAAUAUAGGUUUAGUUCCUUAAAACAAAACGUAUCAAAUUACAUUUUUAUACGUAACAAUAACACAAACAGGUGUGUAAAGCACACGCACUACUGACAAACAACCUCUAAAAAGGGCGGAAGGCAAUUAAACUGUCACAAUUUACCUUAGAAGUUGAAUUGCAUGCUGUUAAAAAUGUUAUAUCCUAUUCUGACUUUACAGUAAGCUUACUCUUUAAAGACAUCACAUUAUCAACAAAGAAAGAGAUUAUUGUCAACUUUUCAAAUUGUGCACAUUUGGAGCACAAUACAUUGGACUUAAAAUAUGGCUGUCUGAUCCUUGCGCCCUACCCUGGCUCUCCUACAGCAAAGCUGGUGGUGAUUAGAUCACCUUUGGAGGGCAGUGAAGUUAGCACACUGUUCAGAAGCCCUGCGUCCUGGCUGGUUCCAAACUACGCUCCCUCAAGUGCCACACUGGCAGUCUGGCCAAUUACAGCAGUCCCUAUCAGCUGGUCAUAUUGUUCAACUGAACGUCGAAUAAAAGCACAAGUACUGCGACAAGUUUAAAAUAAUUGUCGUUCCAUUUAAUGGCUGCAAGUAAAGCUUAAAUUGAUCAUACCCAAAAACAUUCCCUUUCAAAAUAGGAGUUGAUGUUUUAGCACUAUUAAAGAGACAUCUUCGCUUAGCACUUACCCUCUGCGAGUCUUUUCCUCCAGACUAUCUUAAGUUCAUAGGAGUGCCUUUGCCUUAAAGUGACCGAAGUGUUGAUAUUGUUUUAAGGAUUGCUCAUAAAUGAAUGCAGUAAGCUGGCCCAGUCUCUUAGUCUGAAGUCUUGCUCCCCCAUCCCAUCAUCAUUCUCAUGAGACUUUUCAUCACUGAUCUCCAAGUCUUGUGCAGGCACCACAUGGAAACAAGCAAUAAUUUUGAUUUGUCUCCCACAUGCUGUGUCCUCAAAACAGCUGUUGACGUCUGUAGCAAAGUUGUUUUGUCUGGAAAUGCUCCACUGCUGUUGAACAAAAGGGGUCCAGUUCUGUGACUGUCUGCAGACCUGGGCUGGCUCCUCCAGAGGUGAUGCCAACACAGACUUGUAGGCCACAGAUCUGUAGGAGGUACACAAUCAAAGAUCCAUAUGCAGAUAGUCGGUAUGGCUCUCAUUAACAAUGAUGCAGCCUUGAGUGUCUGGUAGAGGCACUAGUGAAAGGGAUUUCAUCAACAGUAUGUGAGUCUCCAAGAGGGAUUUCAUCAACAGUAUGUAAGUCUCCCAGAGGGAUUUCAGUUUGAUAUUAUUACCAACAUGUCAAGUUGUGCGAUCAUGAUGUCAACUGUUCCCAGCUAUACCCUGUUAGUACAGGCCACAAUAGCGAUAGCUGACAGGCAGUGCUUUUUGACUUGGAGUUACAUUUCUGUGGAUUUGUUUUUAUUUUUCUAUUUCUCAUUUGAUGCUAAUGCAAGAUUUCGACACGAGUUCUCUCACUUUUCUCCCCAAAUCAUGUUCUGCUGUCAGCCAUUUUGGAACAUUGCAUGUAGUUUUGCCCUUUGGCCCAGAGGGAAAGGUUAUUGAUCAUUAACUUGUAUUUGAUUUUAUCCCUAUUAAUUCAUAGAUCAAUGUGUUUUGGAUUAUUUUUUAAUCGUAAUCUUUUAAAGGGGGGUUGUGCACUCUGAGCUAAUGGAAGUCAUUCUGUGGUGGAAUUAGUUUUGAACUUUUCCCUAUUUUCAAACCGUCUGAACGUCAUUGCUUCUUGUUAACGUGUACCACACCUCUUUUUCCUCGUGCUAUAGGUUACGUUCACAUGACAUUGCUUUGUCAGACUCUCCUUCUCGAACAAGAGAUUGCACCCUUAGUAUUCAAGGACAUGAUUCUCCUUGAGGCCACAGUCAUAAUGCUGACUAGAACGGCACAGAACAUAGACAAGGACAGAUAUCACACACCAAUACAUGAACAAUACAAUUGAAAGAGGACCAAAUCAGGCUUGAUUACCUUUCAGAGUUAUUGUCUAGCAGAUGUUCAUAUAGACAUCAUAAAGAACAGGCUAUGUUUAUCAGUCUCAGUUAAUACAGUGUUUAUGUUGUAGGCACUGGGUGUCCAAGAACGAGAGGUCGGUCCUCUUUUCUCUGCUCCUAUUCAUGUGUAUACUUCUGUUAUUGACAGGGAAAGGUUUUCUUAAAGUGUUGGUUAGAUUUGUAGACACAGAGUUGUCUGUAGCUUUCUGAAUGAACGGGUAAGAUUCUGAGUAUCAUGAAGAAUUAGGGGACUGGAUUUGACAGUGGAACCCUGGAGGAAGCACCCAAAGCAACACUGGUUUAUUACAAAGGGCAUUUUGCAUGUGUUUGUUCAGUUUCUUUGUGCUACAGUUCCCUUCUGUGUUUUCAUGUUCUUUUUCUGUUGUUAAGAAAAACAUUGGUUGUUACAUUGUUGCAGAAACCAUAUGAUUAUUUUGGAUGAAUUUCAGGAAUUUGCCCUUUGCAAAUAUUUUUCUAUAGAACUAAAGUAGAUUGCUAUCAAUAUUAUAUACACUGUCAUAUAAAGUUGUACAGAUAUAUAUCCUUAUAGCAAGUUGUUAAGAAUUACUAUGGGUUUGUUUUUUGUUAUUACUGUCAAAGUAUUGGUAGUUCUCUCUAUAGGGUUGAUGUGUCCAUAGCUUAGUGUUUUCCCCCCAUAUCAGGACUACGAAAACCUCACACUGUAAGAUCGACUUCAAGGAUCAUUGCAUAUGUAUUAGCAUUAGCCAGAGCUAAUCUCAUGGUGUUUGUGUAUCAUGGAUUCACAUUUCUCUUAUGACCCUCCAAUUAUUUCAUAACCUUAUGUUAUUUGUGAGACAAACGUUAACCCAGUAAACAUGAAGACCAAUGCCUUGAUUCUCAUUGAAGCAUAUACAUAACAGAACCAUAUGUCAUUGCACAUCACUAGCCCCAAUCUAUACUUGCUUUUAUUUAAAGUAUAUACACUCCUUAGGCUUUGUUAGAUUCUCCUUAUUCAAUGUCAACAGACACUGGUAGUGACAAAAGGUUUUUGACGAUGUUUGCUAAAAGUGUGAUGAAAUCUGGAAUGAUUUACUUUUGAUUUGCCUUCCCGUUUUCAGAUGAGAUUUGAUUUGAACAUUAAUGCAUUUAUUUUUUGCUCAUCUUUUUGCUUGUGUUAAGUCUCAGAAGUCAGCCAGGGACAGUAGUCUUGUGAUUGUGAGAAGAGUCAGAAGUCGACAUGUUAAUAGAGUUGUGAUGCCAGUGACAUUGGAAAUGGAGACUAAAAUAGUGGUCAACAAUGGCGGCAUUAAUAAUGUCAUAUUCAGUCUGAAUUUGGAUUAUCUAAGUGUGGUCACACAUUACUUUAUGCAUUACUGAUUGACUGCUGAUUGACAUUUUGCAUCCAACACUCAGUGGUAGUUUGCAUACAAGUUACGAUGAAAAACUAUAUAAUAAAUGUUGACAUCGAUUAACGGUUGGUUGCGUUACAGUAGUUUUGGGCCUUUGUCGGGGCAACUCCAAAUGGACAACUCAUUUUGCUCCCUUUAGAGUGACAUCCAAUAUUGUGUUUUUUGAAAGCUGUGUUUUUAGAGCUUUAGUGAAGGAAGCAUGAUAGAACUACAUCACCCACAGUCCUUUGCUGCUACCUUGUUUGCUUUCUAUUCAUAUGAGAGGAUGUUGUGGUGGCGGACGUAUAAGCUGAGUGUCUAUGGAGUCCCCUCCCUCAGUUCAGCUCUAUGUCUCCAUACUCACAUUGACAUGCUCCCAAGGCCUCAACUGACUGUAUGAAUUUGUAACUGGACAAAUCCCUGCUGAAGUCAUCAAAUUUGUUUGUGUCCAGUUCACCUUUGUUUGGCCAUGUGCUAUAUCUAAGUCUAAGAUCGUUGUUUUCAUGUUGUCGUAUAAUCCGAUUCUCAUUGACUAUAGCCUUGUUCACAUUGGAAGUUGACUCAAAUCACAUUUAUUUUGCAUAUCCAAUUCGAAUGUGGUCUUUUUCCUGCAGUCUCAACAGCCAAAAAGUACAUGGGAAUCAAAUAUUUCAAUCCACAUUUCAAACCACCUUUGAAGUCUGAUACAAAUAUGAUUCCUGGCCAUGCAACUUGUGUCUGAACAGUCAAAUCUGAUUUAUUCGCCCUCAAAUGGUUUUUAUCUUGUUGCUUGCUAGCUAGUUCCAGUUUGACAAGAACAUGUGGUUGCAAAAUAGCUUGUUCAUUGUUAGUGAAUGUGCUAGAAAGCUAAACAGCUACCUAGCUAAGUGACUAAAAGUUGGAUCAUCUUAUCCUUUGAGGCUUUAUAAGUGUUCUUACAAAAUUAUUUUUAACAUUCAAAGCAACUUGAAGGUUGUCACCUUAGCCUGCUACAUUACUUCUGAGUGAUAGGCAGCAGGAGCACCGCCACCAAUUAGCCUGCAACACAGUGCACGCCCGUCAUUACUAGUGUAGCCAUGUCAGCAAAUGACUGCUGUCUGAAUACACAUUUCCAAUUUGGUCAUUUGUAACUUGCUGUUUGGACAGUCAGUAUUCCAAAAUGGAUUUGAAAAGCAAAACUGAUUUGAGUUUUAAGGCCUGCAGUCUGAACAAGGCUUAAUUGUGUUAAGAACAAAGCUAGCUAUACUCACCAAUGGUUUUUUGCUCCUCCCCUUUACUACUACCCUACCAGGUUUAUAAGCAACCUUCCUUAAAGGUCUAUUUUUCAGCUGAUCAUUUUGAAACUAGGACACUACUUUUAUCAAGCAUGGAAAUAAGUCUGAGUGUAUGAGUUAGGUGUUGGAUGGUGUCAAUUUGGCCAACUCUCAACCUUUAAAGUGCCAGAGGUCUCCAACUUUCUGAUGUUUGGUCAGGCAGCCAUCUCACUAUCAGUUUAUCUACUGUAAUGUCAAGUUGCUGUGUCAGUAGACUUUCAAUUCCGUGUAUAUACUCUCUGAUUACGCAUAGGUCACGUUGUUGGUCAAAUGUCGUUCAAUUACAGAACUUGAGAAUGCCUGUUUCAAUAGACACUGUAGAUUUUCUGAGAUAAGUGAGACUAACAUGUUUUAGUCUUUUUGCUUUGUAAAUGGGUGAAAGAAGAUCAAGAUUUUAUACCAAAUAUUGUUUCAUUCUUUUUCCACUGCUAAGGAGACCUUUUAGUACCUUGAAUGAAAGGUUUAUUGCUUAGCACUUGUUUUGGCAAAUGCGAGUGUUAUUGGAGAUGUACAGAUAUCGCUUCCAUAGAAAUUGAUUUGUGCAAUUUAAUUUCUUAUGAAGGUUAUGUGAUUUGUUUUUUUAAACCAAACUUCACAUUGAAGUUAGUUACCAUAAUCUUACAAAAUAAAAAAAAUCCCUUCAACCAAAAAAGUGUAAUUCUCAACGAAGAAUUGGUACUUCCAACUGAAGAGUUUCAGCGCAAUUCACUUUUCCUCCAACACUUCACUUAUGAAUUAUAGCUUGACGUGGGGCAAAACAUUUUGGCAUUCAUAUGACAUGGCGUGUGUGUGGAGUGUUGAGCAGCUCCUAUGCAGUUAUGUGAAGCAGUUUCCUUAUUCCUUUUAGUUUGUGUCCUCUCUUUUUUUUACUGGCUGCUUUUGAAGUGAGGAACCCUCCCACCAUCUCAGCUGGUCUAAUUUUGUCUCUCAAAGCUCAGGUGGAAACUACUUUUAGCAGAGUCCUUGUGUCACUGUCACUGGCAAAAACAGUUCUCCCCCUUCAUCUUCAGUCCAGAGAGAGGUGUAGUUAGUUGCUGUCGGCUGAUUUAUUUUUCUAUGAAGCAAUUCUAGGCCUCAUGAUUGGCAAUGAAAGGUGGACUCCACCUUCACGGGAAAAAAAAUAAUCUUCUUCCAGUUUCAGUUUGUUCUCUCGUUUGGUUCCUUUUUUAUUUGGUCAUUUAAGUCAUGUAGUCUGUUCCCAGCACUGUAAGACAGUCCCUAUACAAUAUGGAGAAGCAAUAUCACUGUAUGAAACUCACAAUGUAUUAUUGUUAUUAUUAUUGUUAUUAUUAUUAUUAUUCACUAGCACCCUAGGUGUGAUAAUUGAAGUAAAUAUCUUUUAUACAAACACAAA